AUGGCCUCCGCAAGCGAAUCGACUCCGCUAUUAGACGAUGCAUCCUCAUCUACACCUUCAUCUUCUCGACAUCUUCCAAAACCAGUGCGACAGGUUACCUUCAACCCGACCGUCACCAGCACCUCGCCAAACCGCCACUCCACUCCGCUGAAACCCAGCCUUCCCCUCCCCUCCUCCCACUCAACCCUCCCAUCCCGCAAUGGCUCCGCCCCCCUCACCUCCUCCGCCUCCCUCAUGUCUGGCCUCAACACCAAACUCCGCCGUCGCCACUCCCAAGGCGCCGUCUCCGGCUUCCCUCCGCACCUCUCCAAAAUCGGCCCCCAGCGCACCACCAAGACGGUGCAGAAGCUCAAGAUCCUUCCGGACCCGCAGUACGGCGACGAAGGGCCGGACGAGGACAGCGGCCGCGACGUGUACGCGCAGUACACGCGGUUGAAAGAUCCGCGGUCGCGGCGGGACGCGGCGCGGUUGACGAAGGCGGAUAAGGAGCGGUUGCCGCGGGCGACGGCGUAUUGCGUUGCGGGGAAGUAUAAGAGUGAUGAUGUGCUGAGGUGGUUGAAGAGUAAGGGGCGAACGAGGGGGACGAUGCCGAAGGUGUUUGAUGAGUGUAUCUAUUCGCCGUACUCAUAUUCAUAUGGACAUUCGAUGUCGCGAAGUGGUGGGCAGAGCGCAAGGACGACGAGGCAGUAUCACAGUCAUGAGGUGGGUAAUCUAAGGGGGUCGAUGGACUCGCCGAGAUUGGUUCCGCAGCAAGAACGGAGACAUUCGGAUAGUACGGUCGAGAUUGAUCAACCUCAGAUCCGCGAACGUACGGAUGAGAUGAUGGAUUACGGCGAGUCAGGCCGCGACUCGGUCAAAGACUACCAAGAAACCCGACAAUACUACGACGACACGUACUCCCCUUCGGAGACCCCCGGCGACCUCGACUUCGACAUCGACGUGCCCAUACCCGAGGUGUUCAUCUUCGAUUACGGCACGGUGGUCAUCUGGGGUAUGACGGCGGCUGAGGAGAUGCGGUUCCUCAAGGAGCUCUUGAAGUUCGAGGAGGAGAAGAUCGAUAAGAGCCAGGCGCAGACGGAGGACUUUAGCUUCUAUUAUACCCGCGAGUACCAGUCGCGGAUCUAUAACGAUUUCAUCAGCCUCUCGGAUAAGAAGAAUUAUAUGAUUAAGUUGACGAUCAGCCAUGCCAUGGCGCAGAGCGUAAAGACCUCCUACUUCGAAAAACUCGUCGACGAAACUAUCGACGCCUCCAAAGAACUCCCCAACCAAAUCGCUGAAACCGGCAAAGCGAAGCUCGGCCGCAAACAACUGCAGAUGGAAAUCGGCAAGCUCUUCCUCCUCCGCAUCAACAUCCACCUGCAGGGCUCGAUCCUCGACGCGCCGGAGCUGAUGUGGAGCGAGCCGGCGCUCGACCCGCUGUACCAAGCGGUACGCGGCUACCUCGAGAUGGACCAGCGGGUCGAUCUGCUGAUGGAGCGGGUUACGGUCAUUGGCGAUUUGUUGUCGGUGUUGAAGGAUCAGUUGUCGCAUUCGUAUGAGGAGUUGUUGGAGUGGAUUAUUAUUAUCUUGAUCGCGGCGGAAAUCAUGGUUGCUGCGAUCAAUAUCGUCGUCGAUCUGUAUGCAGGGGGAGACUAGAGGCUGUGUUUCGUUGGGUAGAAAGCUUGGCUUAGCGCUCUCUGCUCUGCUCUGCCUUUCACAAGAGGCAUUUUGGCAUAGCGGUGCUCAGGGCUCAUCUUGGAACCAUUGACCUCCACUCGGGGCAUGGAGUUGGUCGCGCAUUGGGUGUUUGGAGCGCAGGGACGGUUGGA